AUGUCUACAGAGAUGCCUCAACCAUGCGAGAUGGAGCUCAAUCUCCAUGGUCAAUGUGUUGGCAACUACUUGACCCAGUCUAUUAGAACUGGAAAGGACUACAUGUUCUUAGGAAGAGGAUCGUCACAGAGUGAGGAUAAGUGUUUCCUCACUCGUGCAGCAUUCGAGAAAUGUAUGAUGUAUCAGAAGAUAACAGAGCGAGCGACGAACGAGGGGCAGGUUGAAUAUGCUGAUUUCUCGCGACGAUUCGGUCGACAGACCCAAACGACCCUCGGAGCUGAAUAA